GCCGCCGUCACUGCCCCCCGCACCAUGGAGCGAGCGCCGCUGCACGCCCUGCUCCUCGGCUCCGCCGGGCUGCUGCUCCUACUCCUGCCCCUCUCCUCUUCCUCCUCUUCAGACGCCUGCGGCCCUUGCAAGCCGGCCGCCUGCCCGCCCCUGCCCCCGCGGGGCUGCCCUUUGGGCGAGACCCGGGAUGCGUGCGGCUGCUGCCCGGUGUGCGCCCGAGGUGAGGGCGAGCCGUGCGGGGGUGGCGGCGCCGGCAGGGGGCACUGCGCGCCGGGCAUGGAGUGCGUGAAGAGCCGCAAGAGGCGGAAGGGUAAAGCCGGGGCAGCAGCUGGCGGCCCCGGGCUGAGCGGCGUGUGCGUGUGCAAGAGUCGCUACCCCGUGUGCGGCAGCGAUGGCACCACAUACCCCAGCGGGUGCCAGCUGCGCGCCGCCAGCCUGAGGGCCGAGAGCCGCGGGGAGAAGGCCAUCACCCAGGUCAGCAAGGGCACCUGCGAGCAAGGUCCUUCCAUCGUGACACCCCCAAAGGACAUCUGGAACGUCACUGGAGCCCAGGUGUACUUAAGCUGUGAGGUCAUUGGAAUCCCAACCCCUGUCCUCAUCUGGAACAAGGUAAAAAGGGGUCACUAUGGAGUUCAAAGGACAGAACUAUUACCUGGUGACCGGGACAACCUGGCCAUUCAGACUCGUGGUGGACCAGAGAAGCAUGAAGUAACUGGCUGGGUGCUGGUAUCGCCUCUGAGUAAAGACGAUGCUGGAGAAUACGAGUGCCAUGCAUCCAAUUCCCAAGGACAGGCUUCAGCAUCAGCAAAAAUUACAGUGGUUGAUGCCUUACAUGAAAUACCAGGGAAAAAAGGUAUAAUAAAUCCCACAGCCAUUUAAAAAUGACUA